AUGUGGUCUGCACAGAAGCUGCUUUUACUACAAUGUCUUUGGCUCGUCCUGGUAUCUUCUGAAGACGACAGGACGUGCCUCAUUCAGGGGCAGCUUCGACAAUCUGGCAAGGUGGUCGGUCUCUGGGAAGAGGAUGACGGCUCCAAAGCUGCGGAGCCUGCACCUGCUGCGCUAGUGCAGCAGAUGUCGCAGUCCAGUCUGCAGGCCGACUUCGUGCUUGUUUCCCCGAUGAUUUUCGAGACAUUGUGCGUACCUGCACUGGCGCUUGCUAUAGGCACUGUGCUGCAACAGUAUCCGGGGACUCAAUCCUCAGGCCUCCUAGUCUCCUUCUUCGGUGCGCAGACAGCGAUGAAUCUCUAUAUGAAGCAGGUCUUUUCCAACUUGCGAAUGCCGGGAGGCUUCAGAGGCGUUCCAGCGCCCUUCGCCAUCACAGCCAUCCAGCAGCUGGUUAGCUUCAUAGUUCUGGCUGUUGGCUUGCAAGCGGCGCGCUGUUUCGGCUACCAGGUGAACUGCCGCCGACUGGAAAGCCGUCGUGAGGUGGGAUGUGUGCUUCUCCUGGCACUAGCUUUUGUUGGAAACAUCGGUCUCAACAACUUGAGCUUGUCUAUCCUGGACAUCUCUGUUCAUCUGAUCAUUCGCACAGCGGGCGCUUUGGUGAACCUAGCUCUGGAGUUUCUGGCGCAGCCAAUUCUCACCAAGUUUACAGGCCAGGACGCGAAAUGGCCUCAAGUGAACUGUCGAGACCUGGUCCUCACGGUUGUUGGGACCUUCUUCGCAGGACUGGUGAUAUGCAGCAAGCUUCAAAGCUUUGCUUCGGGAUCAGCUUCGAACUACUACGUGGGCAUUGGAGUGUGCUGCCUGUCCAUGGUGGCAUCCGGCAUUGAGCUCAUAGUUGUAAGGACGCUCAGCUCGCACCUGAAGAUGAAUGCGCUAGAGGCCAUCAUGAAUAUGUCCUUGCCAGCGUCUCUCCUCCUCCUGCUGCCAGUCUUCUUCUUCCGACACUCAGUGUCAUGGCCGGUAUCGCCUCAUCUGACAGACUGGGAGGUCAUGGAGAUGGUGUGGCGGACCAGCAAAUUGGGAGUUGCCUUGGGUGUGCUGUCGGGUUUCUUCGCCACGCUUUACAACGUCAUGUUGUACACACUCAGCUCCAGCUUUCAGUCGCACGUGAUUUCGAUGGCUGGCAACUUCAACAAGGUCGCGCUGAUGUUCUUGUCCAUAUACCUGGGCAUGGAGUUGCUACCUCAUCGACCUUGGGGCGAGGUGAUGAUUGCUGGCAUUGCUGGCAAUGGGGUAGCAUUCAUGGUGAUGGGAAUCCUCAAGUCGCAGGAAGCCAAGGCACAGGAGACUGCCACGUCUGCGGCCAAUGUGAAAGCCGAGAAGUGA